CAACAUUGUCCCUGACAAGCUGACAUGACAUGGCUAAGAGGACUUAUAUCCAGGCCAUAAACUCCAAAAAAAAAGCUGACAUGACAACCAGACUGACAAGAUAGGUGCAACUUGUAAUAUUGAAUUUGGUAAUGUGAUAAAAUGCGAAACUAUUUAUACUGCGACGUAGAAAUCAUAUAAAAUGUUAACGUGAAAAUAUGAUUACCCAGGACAAUCCCUUAUAUCGUUUAUGGGUAAUCUCCGAAAGAAAAAUAGUGUUAUGUUGAAGAGAAAGUGUCGUGAAAUCGGACAGUCGUCGCCUUCAAUGAUGUGGAAGAGGUCGAUUGUGCAAGCGACGACUGGGUGCGCGCGCGCCACCGCGGCCCUGGCCAUGCUGCUCGCUGUAUUCGCGAGUACUUGGCGGGGUGCGGCAUGUGCAGACCUGGUGAUUGAGAUCCCUGGCUCAGUGAGCGGGGAUUCGGAGGCAGACGGCGGCCACUACCGGCUGGAUUACCGGCCGCCGCAUGGUACCCCCCCGCCUAACUUCACGGUGCCGGCACGUGCCAACACUAUCAACUUCCAGGGCCUGCCGGGCACCAAGUACCACUUCAUGCUCUACUACUCCAAUGCUACAUUCGCAGACCUCUUGACAUGGAACCAAACUAUCAUUACUGCGCCGGAGCCGCCUACAAAUUUGACGGUGACGUUGGGCCGCAACAAACAAGCAUACAUAUCCUGGUCGCCCCCAGCGCACGGUGACUACACCGGAUUCAGGUUCAAGGUGAUCCCGCUGACGGAGCGCGCGGAGGGCGGCGCGCGCAACAUCACGGUGGAGGGCGCGGCCGCCUGGAACCACACGCUGCGCGACCUGUCGCCCGGCGCCACCUACCAGCUGCACGCCUUCACGCUGCUGCACGACAAGGAGAGCGCCGCCUACGCCUCGCGCAACUUCACCACCAAGCCGAACACGCCGGGCAAGUUCAUCGUGUGGUUCCGCAACGAGACCACGCUGCUGGUGCUGUGGCAGCCCCCCUACCCGCCCGGCGCCUACACGCACUACAAGGUGUCCAUCGUGCCGCCCGACGCGCGCGACUCGGAGCUGUACGUGGAGAAGGAGGGCGAGCCGCCGGGCCCGGCACAGGCCGCCUUCAAGGGGCUGGUGCCGGGCCGCGCCUACAACAUCUCCGUGCAGACCGUGUCGGAGCCCGAGAUCUCGGCGCCCACCACCGCGCAGUACCGCACCGUGCCGCUGCGCCCGCGCAACGUCACCGUGCCGCUCGCGGACCUCAAGGAGACCUCCUUCAAGGUCACGUGGCUGCCGCCGCUCGAGGAGAGUGAGUUCGAGAAGUACCAGGUGUCGGUGAGCGGGAGCGGCGGGGGCGGGCGGCGCCUGGCGCCCGUGGUGCGCGCGCGCAACGACACGCCCAGCUGCUCCUUCGAGGGGCUGGAGCCCGGCGCGCCCUACACCGUCACCGUCAAGACCAUGUCGGGCAAGGUGACGUCCUGGCCCGCCGCCACGGACCUGACGCUCAAGCCGCUGCCGGUGCGCGACCUGGCGUGGCGCUACGCCGCCGACGGCGCCGUGGACCUGUGGUGGACGCCGGCGCCCGCCAGCACGCAGGACGAGUACAAGGUGUCGUACCACGAGGCGGGCCCGUCCCGCGACGACAGCAACACGCUGAGCACGGCGGAGCCGCGCGUGACGCUGCGCGCGCUGCUGGCGGGGCGCAACUACAGCGUGUGGGUGGCCGCCGUGUCGCGCGGCGUGCCCGCCGAGCCGCGCGCCGCCGCGCUGGCCACGCGCCCGCUGGCGCCCGUGCUGCUGGCCGCGCGCGCCAGCGACUCCGACCUGCGCCUGUCCUGGCGCUCCGACGUCAACUCGCGCCAGGACGGCUACGAGCUCGCCUACCGCCGCGCGCCCGAGCCCGCCGACGACGCGCCCGACGCCGACGCGCCCUACCGCAAGCUGGAGACGAAGGAGACGAGCGCGACGCUGGCGGAGCUGUUCCCGGGCGCGGUGUACGAGAUCCAGCUGGCGGCCGUGUCGCACGGGCUGCGCAGCGAGCGGCUGACGCUGCGGCGCGGCGUGCGGCCCCGUCCGCCGCAGUGGCUGCGCCUGGCGCGCGCCACGUCCAACAGCGUGCUGGUGAGCUGGGCCGGCCCGCCGCGCCGCGCCUCCGCGCUGGGCGGCUUCGUGCUGCGCUACCGCACGCGCGCCGAGCCGCGCUGGACCGCGCUGCCGGCGCUGCCGCCGAGCGCCGAGCGCGCCGAGAUCCCCAACAUGACGCACGGCGAGCACUACCUGAUCGAGCUGGACACGCUGGGCGAGCCCGCCGACGGCGACGCGCUCGAGAGCGACCAUCCGCUGCGCGAGGAGCACACCGUCCGGCCCAACCCGGUGAGCAACGUGGAGCAGCUGGUGGACACGCGCAACAUGACGCUGGAGUGGCCGCAGCCGGGCGGGCGCGUGGAGUGGUACUCGCUGCAGUGGCGCGCGCUGGGGGGCGGGGGGGGCGGCGCGCGCAACCUCAGCGCGCCCGCCGGGCCGCGCGCGCGCGCCGCGCUGGCUGGCCUGCAGCCCGGCCGCGCCUACUCCGUCGCCGUCGCCGCGCACUCCUACAACCUCAGCUCCGACGUCUUCACCAUGGACACGCGCACGCGUCCGCUCAUCCAGUCCGAGAUGACCAUCGUCAACGAGCCCGGCACCGACGACGACAACGACACCGCCUCCACCACUCUCAAAGUGAUCUACACGCGCACGCCGAGCUCCGCGUCGCUGUUCGACUCGUACCGGUUCCAGCUGGAGGGCGCCGGCUCCCAGCCGCGCUGGACCACGCGCGCCGCCGACGCCGAGGGGCAGGCCGUGGAGUUCUCGGGGCUCGUGCCGGGCCGGCUCUACAACGUCACCAUGUGGACCGUCUCGCACAACGUCACCUCGCACCCCGUGCAGCGCCAGGCGCGACUCUUUCCCCGGCCCAUAACGCAGCUCAACGCGACCGAGGUCGGCGCUCAUGAGAUUACGCUGGCGUGGGACAAGCCGGUGGGCGACUACACCGACUUCGAGGUGCAGUACCUGACCGACGUGGACCAGCUGCAGACGCUGACCACGGAUGAGCUCGGCAUCACGGUGCGGGCCCUGCGCGCGCACCGCGUGUACACGUUCACCGUGGUGGUGGUGGCCGGCCGCGGCGGGGCGCUGCGCCUCACGUCGCGCGCGCGCUCCGCCGACGUGCGCACGCGCGAGGCGCCGCCCCCCGCGCCGCGCGACUUCCGCGUCACGCGCGCCGAGCCCGCCGAGCUGCACCUGGCCUGGGACCUGCCGCCGCGCGACGCCAACGGCGACCUGCGCCGCUUCCUGCUGGAGUACGCGCCGCAGGCGGACCCCGACAGGGUCACCACCAUCGAGUUCCCGGCCGACGCGCGCGCGGGCGUGGUGUCGGGGCUGGUGCCGGGCGCGGCGUACGUGCUGCGCGUGCGCGGCGAGACGGGCGCGGGCGCGGGCGCGGCGGCCAGCCUGCGCGAGCUCAUGCGCAUCGGCGCGCCGCCGCGCCCGCCCGCCGCCGCCACGCCGCGCGAGCUGCGCCGCUCGUCCUCCACGGUGGCCGUGCGCUUCCGCGCCGACUACUUCUCGCCCGCCAACGGCAACGUGACGGCGUACACGCUGGUGCUGGCCGAGGAGCCGCGCAACGACACGCCGGCGCGCCUGCCGUCGUGGCGCGACGUGCACGCGCUGCCCUCGUGGCCCCCCUACCAGGUCACGGAGCCCUACUACCCCUUCCACUCGUCGGCCGUCGAGGAGUUCACCAUCGGCUCGGAGCGCUGCGACGCGGGCGGCCGCGCCUACUGCAACGGCCCGCUGAAGCCCGGCACCAAGUACUACGUCAAGCUGCGCGCCUUCACCGCGCCCGACAAGUUCACCGACACCGGCUACGCCGUCGUCUACACGGAGGUGGACAACACGGCGUGGAUCGUGGGCGGCUGCGUGGCGGGCGCGGCGCUGGCGGGCGGCGCCGGCCUGCUGCUGGCGCUGCGCAGGCGCCGCGCGCGCGCCGCCGUCGCCGCGCCCGCCGCCGCCGCGCUGCGCACCUCGCGCCCCGUGCGCGUCGCCGACUUCAUCGACCACUACCGCCUCAUGUCCGCCGACUCCGACUUCAGGUUCAGCGAGGAGUUCGAGGAGCUGAAGCACGUGGGGCGCGAGCAGCCGUGCACGGCGGCCGACCUGCCCGUGAACCGCCCCAAGAACCGGUUCACCAACAUCUUGCCCUACGACCACUCGCGGUACAAGCUGCAGCCCGUGGACGACGAGGAGGGCUCCGACUACAUCAACGCCAACUACGUGCCCGGUCAUAACUCGCCACGCGAGUUCAUCGUCACACAGGGCCCGCUGCACUGCACGCGCGACGACUUCUGGCGCAUGUGCUGGGAGUCGGGGUCGCGCGCCAUCGUGAUGCUGACGCGCUGCGUGGAGAAGGGGCGCGAGAAGUGCGACCGCUACUGGCCGUACGACACGCGGCCCGUGUACUACGGGGACAUUGCGGUGACGGCGCUGAACGAGUCGCGCUACCCCGACUGGACCGUGACGGAGCUGAUGCUGUGCCGCGGCGCCGAGCAGCGCGUGCUGAAGCACUUCCACUUCACGACGUGGCCCGACUUCGGCGUGCCCGACCCCCCCACCACGCUGGCGCGCUUCGUGCGCGCCUUCCGCGAGCGCUGCCCGGCCGACGCGCGCCCCGUCGUCGUGCACUGCAGCGCCGGCGUGGGCCGCUCGGGGACCUUCAUCACGCUCGACACGGCGCUGCAGCAGCUCGCGGCGCACGCCGACUGCAUCGACGUCUUCGGCAUGGUGCACGCCAUGCGCCGCGAGCGCGUCUGGAUGGUGCAGACGGAGCAGCAGUACAUCUGCAUCCACCAGUGCCUCGUGGCCGUGCUGGAGGGCCAGGACCUGGCCGCGCCGCCCCGCGACCACAACCACCACCUCAACGCGGCCUUCGAAGGUAACGUCCCUGCGCCGCACCCACGCCGCCUGCUAUUUCAUCCACCAUUGCUAACUACUCUACACACAUACAGACCUCGUUUUAGCGUCGGGUGCUACUAUUAUAUAGCAGUGUUGUGUAUUUAAUAUACUCCAAGAGCUCAUCGUUAUUUCGUUCGCGUUAAGG